AUGAAUCCCAGAUACAAUUAUCCAAAGAGAUCUGUUUCUAGUAUGGAUAGAUAAUAAAUACUAAAAGCCUUAGGAAGUAAUCCAUCUGAUAAAGAUAUUGAAUAUAUGGCAUAAGAAUAUGAUCUUAAGUCACGUACAAUUAAGUCUUGGUUAAAGCAAAAAUAUUAAAAUUAAAUCAAAACCUCUGAAUCAGAUGAAGAUUUUUAAAGCAAUAGAAAAAAAACUAAAGCAGAUAAAGAUCUUCUUGAUUUCGAAAGAAAUUUUAAUUAAAACUCUGAUGUUUAUCACUAUGAAAUAACAAGCAUGGACCUCUUAAAAAAUGACAAAAUCUUGUAUUAAUAAGAGUCAGAAAAACCUUAAGUUAUUCCAUAAUAAAAGUUACAUUCAACUCCUUAAUAAAUUGUUAAACCCUUAAGUAGUAAUAAUUUUUUUACCAUGAAAAUUGAUAAACAAUAAUAAUAAUCAUAAAAAUUUUCACUAUAAAAUUUUGAUGCUCUAUUAUUAUUAUUAGAUUAAGAUGAUGAAAUACAUCAUUUGGUAUCCUUACUUAGAAAUUAAGAGAAAUAAAUUGAAGAAUUGAAAAAAACUCAAUCAGAGAUCCUAGAAUACAUGUGUUCACAUUUGACAAAGAAACCUAAAAAAAUUUGA